AGGAAAAGAAAGAAAAGAAGAUCUCUUCUACCACGACCAUCACAAUCCCCGCCCAACUACAUAAGAAACGUAGACUCAAUCUUCGUAGUGUCAAACUACACCAAGAAACUCCCCAGAACAAAAUGUUGGACUUGAUGACCUUGGGCUUCUCUAUGGGCAUGCAGCAGGAGCUGCAAUCUGUCCGCAAGGAAACGGGUGCUCAGGUCCACAACGGUACUGAACAAGUACAGGAGUCUUCGCCUUCUAUGGUUUCCAUGAUCGCGGAAAAUGUGGAAUCUGCUUUGACGGCAGUCGAGAACGCAGCUACCAGCAUCUGUGAGGCGAUGAUGCCCAGUGGAGAAGGGAUUGCUCAGGUACUAUCUACUAUGGCAUCACCUUUUAGUUUCAUGUUGUACAUGGCUACCAUCAACAUCAAGAAAUGAAAUAUUAGCACGUCAUUUUUAAAUCAUUGAAAAUUUCAAUUUGAAACACAAACAUCAACAACAACCUCUACUUAGUACUACAACUACAUUCUUGCAACCUCCCCGUCGGUCCCCAUGAUGCGUCAUUCUUUUCUGCUCAAGAAAAAUCCUCUUUCACAGGUCGUCGAAUCCGUGCAAGCACCGGUGUUGGACUUGUCGUUGCCGACCAAGCUGCGCCUGGCCCAAAAGUGAGUCAACAUCGUGGAGAACUACCUCAAAAUCAAUAGCUUGUAGUAGAGGAGAAAUAUCUUCAAAGAAAAGGACGAAUUGGUGGUGGAGGACGGAUGGUGAUAGUUGUACUAGAAGAGGUGCAAGAAUGGGAAAAACCAUUUUGAUGUUGAACAUAACGAGAGGACUAUUACAACGCUUUCAUGAUGAUCAUAUAAUUAUUCAAAUUCAUCUUCACAACCUGAUAAUUGAACAGAACAAAAAUAAAGCACUACCUAGUAAAAUCUAAAAUGCAGAUGAAAAUGCGCUUCUACUAUGAUCUAGAAGCAGUACUCUCCACAAGAACUACAUAUCAAAUUAACAUCUCAUUGUGAAAUUGAGUAAUUUGCUGGGAGGAGGAAAAACACAUAAAUCUUAUUACGUAAGUAGGCUGCUGCAAAAUAACGAGAUAAGUAUCAACAUAUGACAAACGCACGCGUACGUAGAAAACAUAUUAUAGCAACAAAACAUAAGAAUGAUCUUCUGUGCAUCUUCACAAGAUGAAAACCUAUAAAGACCACGACGUAAAAAUGUAUGAGUACACGAGAAAAAAUACGGUGAAGUCAAUCUUACUUAGUAGAUGGAGGAUGAUGUGCCACGGAGUCGCCAGUCUUUGUCGACGUCAUCAGGCAUCGUCAGUCGGUUGUCUCCACGACGCAUCUAAACUGCUAUAGAUGAUUGAAAGUAAAAGUACUCCAGGAAUAAGCACGCUGACGAACGUGCCAUGUUAU